UGAAACAUCUUAAAUGUCAUGUUCUUUAAAUAAACCUGCACAUGGCUCCAGAACCUCAUCUGAGUUUUUUGGUCUUUCUGCUAAUCAAUUCAAUAAAGAAACGUCCAUAAAUGCGUACACAAACACACACACACAUACAUACAUAAUCAAACGUUCAUAUUAUGGAUUAUUUCUUACAAAAUCGAAGGAAACCAACCGAUUAACUGAUCGUGAUAUCGUGUUUUCACGUCUUUGCUUCGUAGGGUUGAAUCGAUGCAGGAAGAGUUGUAGGCUGAGAUGGUUGAACUAUCUGAAGCCAAGCAUCAAGAGAGGAAGACUUAGCCCUGAGGAGGUUGAUCUUGUCAUUAGGCUCCAUAAGCUUCUGGGAAACAGGUGGUCGUUGAUUGCAGGCCGAUUGCCAGGUCGGACCGCUAACGAUGUCAAGAACUAUUGGAACACCCAUCUCAGCAAAAAACAAGAUCAACCAUCUCAUUCCAAGACCGCACCGGCUUGCAAGAAAAAGAUCAACGUCGGUUUUCCGACCGAACCGGUUCAAAAAAUCGACGUUAUAAAGCCUCGACCUCGAUCCUUCUCCGACAGCACCCAGCGCCGGCUCCUCAACCCCCCGCCCGAAAUCCCUUUUCGGGGAAGCAAGAACAAAGAUAGUGAUAAUAAUGAUGGUAAUAAUGAUGAUAUCUUUCAUGGUAAGAAAACAAUAACAGGUUGCAUUUGCAAAGAUGAAUAUGAGAUUACGAGUACCGUAGUGAAAGAGGGGAGGGAGGUUAUGUGGUGGGAGAAUUUGUUGGAAGAAGGCGAAGGGACGGCGGCGGAGGAGGACGAGAAGAUCGCUGCGGAGAGUUCGUGGAUGAACAACUCGCCAGCAACGUUUGAUGUUGAUCUUUGGAAUCUUCUGAAUACAUGAUAAUAUAUUUUAUUAAUUAUGGAGUAUCUAAGUUAGGACCAUUUCAUGUUUUCGUUUUGGUCUCUUUUUUUUUUUUAUUUUUUUUUUGCGAAUUAGGUUUUGUUAAGCAUCGUCGGUGAUGCCGAUAAGGAAGCUCUGGACGUACAGUUAACGAAUCAAACUAUAUAUUUUAAUAUGUCGUGGAGUCAGUUUUA